ACGCAGCCUUGGUGCCCUCACAAGCAUGGCCGCUUACAGGAGCGUCGGAUUUGGAGCGAAUUUAGCUGCUGUUUUAAGGAGAACUUAUCAUGGAACCGGGCUCAUCAGACCUCCUGUCCACACAACAGGCAGAUCUCCAGUUCCUCAGCAAACAACCACUGUGUUCAUCAGAAACAUGUUCAUUCAGACCCAAGACACUCCAAACCCAAACAGCCUGAAGUUUCUUCCUGGCCGUGCGGUGCUGGAUUCAGGCACUAUGGACUUCGCCGGACCCAGAGAUGCUUAUUGUUCACCAUUAGCGAGGCAGCUGUUCAGAAUUGAUGGAGUCAAGAGUGUCUUCUUCGGCCCUGAUUUCAUAACCAUCACCAAGAUCAGUGGUGAAACGGAGUGGAAGGUCAUCAAACCAGACGUGUUCGCAACCAUCAUGGACUUUUUCACCUCUGGACUUCCUGUUGUCAAUGAAGCUGAUGCUCCACGUGCCGACACAGCUCCUUCAGAAGAUGACGAUGAGGUGGUGGCUAUGAUUAAAGAACUGCUGGACACACGCAUUAGACCCACGGUGCAGGAGGACGGCGGUGAUGUGUUGUACCAUGGUUUUGAGGAUGGCAUUGUUAAGCUGAAGUUGCAGGGCUCCUGCACCAGCUGUCCAAGCUCCAUCAUCACCCUGAAGAACGGCAUUCAGAACAUGCUGCAGUUCUACGUGCCCGAGGUGGAAGGAGUCGAGCAGGUGAAAGAAGAGGAUGUGGAAGUUGCAUAAAUCACUUCCCUUUCCCUUCAGCGCCCAAUCAUGUUCCAGGAGCUUGAGUUUAGUGAUCUCUUACACAGAUUCACUGCAAAAGAAAUGCUUUUGUUACUUAGAGUUUCUGACUUGUUUCUAGUUCAAAUAUCUUAAAGUUCUUAAAUCAAGAAGCAUUUUCAAGACAAGCAAAAAAUAUUGUCUUGUUUUCAGAAAUAACAAGUCAAAAUUAAAUGAGUUUUUCCUUAAAACAAGCCAAAUAUUCUGCCAAUGGGGUAAGGUAAAUAAUCUUGCUCAUGCUUUGGAAUAACAUUAUUUAGCUUACCCUAUUUAGCAGAUUAUUUGGCUUCUUUUAAACAAAAACGCACUUCAUUUUGACUUAUUAUUUAGCUACAGGAAUUAUUAUGGCAGCAAGCCUACAUUUUAUAAGCCUACAUCUUUGGAUAGACAGUAUUUGGUCAGUGCUGUAACAAGGUUUUGGGUUUGGUCACAUAAUAUUUGUCUCAAUGCACUGGUUAAAACAAAGAAUGCAGUUGUGUGUGUAUUAUAUGUAAUAAAUGAAAUCUUAUAUGCAUUUACUCAGACAUGUAUGUAAAUAUUAUUGUAUGAAUCAACCGCUUUCAUGCUUAAUAGAUUCUCAGGAAUCCUCAUAUUGUUGGUCACUUUUUAAUUAUAAGAUGACUUUAAUAGAGAUUACAUUUGUAAGACAUAAUGUUAUUUCUCAUUUAGUAGAAUGAUACAGUAAAUUAAUGGCAAAUGAAUAAAAGAGAUAAAUUAUUGGC